CCGAAUUUUUUCAUAUUUUCUUACAUUGUAGUAACGCUUUGCAAUAGCUGUAUGUUUGUGCGCCAGUACUUGGUGUAAUCUCACACGCACCGACAUUGAGCGAAGGCCAUCUUAUUGCGGGUAUGCUACCAUCUGCUCAUUCACGAGGGCUCGCUCUGCAGCGUGUCGCGUUCUCACGAUCGGUACGACCGAAGCGUAUAAAAGCCGCAUGCAUGUGGACAUCGGUGCAUUCUUGGUGCUAGGACGUGUACGCAGUCAUCAUGCUGAAGCUGGUCUCAUUCGUUUGUCUUCUAGGAGCGGUCUUCGCCGUGCCUCUCAACCAACGUCAAGCAUGCGGUGUGAAGGCAAUAGAGCACAUACCGGGAAACGGUAGAGUGACGGGAGGAACCGAAGCGAUACCGAACAGUUGGCCGUGGCAGGUGUCGCUGCGAUACAUUCCAGUGAGAGAUUCGCAUUACUGCGGUGGUACUUUGAUCAGAGACAACUGGAUCCUGACUGCAGCCCACUGUGUGACAAUGCCCGGUUACAACAAACCCGAGAACGUUAGGAUCUAUGCAGGCUCUCACCACCUAUCUAAGGAUGACACAUUCGAGCAGAAAAGACAGGCUGUCAAGAUUGUCAAACACGCCGGGUUCAGCAUGCUUGGCAAUGACCUUUCAGAUGACAUCGCGUUGAUAAAGGUAGAUCCUCCGUUUACUCUCACCGAUCAAGUCUCUCUCAUGUGCCUACCUGAGCAAAAUACACCUAUCGAAGCAGGCACGAUGGUUUACGUAUCAGGAUGGGGAACGACUCAAGAUUUUAACGACUACCCCAACUCUCCACCAUCGGAUGUUUUGAAGCAGAUGUACGCUCCUGUCUACGACUGGGAUAAGUGCAAGGCCUCCACGCUGAUGCACUACAUAGGUCUCAAAGAGAACAUGAUUUGCGUCGGCUAUGAGGAGGGCGUUCACGAUUCCUGCAAGGGAGACAGCGGCGGACCCGUGUCCAACGACGAUAGCGGCCUGUGGACGAUUCACGGAAUCGUAUCCUGGGGCACAUCCUGCGGGAAGCCAUCGGAGCCAACUGUUUACACCGAAGUCGCUAAAUACGUCGACUGGGUCAUGACUCACCUUGACUAAGCUAGUGGCAUACCCUGUUCCGACCAUUGCUUGCGUAAUAAGGCGGUAUAUUUCCAUUACGUUAUGAAUUAAUUUUCCAUCUAAUUUCGACAGUCAGUAAAAGUUUAUAUAAGGCAUGUCCAUAUUUUCGUCGUUACACUUGAAUAAAUUUU